AUGAAGGUUCUUCUCUACGGCGCUCUCCUAGCUGUGGCGAUCUCGUCGACGUUUGCCGAGUCUUCCCCCGACCUUGACCGAAAGCUUGCUAUCUCUUCUGGUAGCCGGUGUGCUGAAAUCAUUUGUUCGGAUGAGUACGAUCCCGUCUGCGGCUCUGACGGGUUUACCUACCCGAACAAGUGCAAGUUGGACUUAGCUAGUUGUGCCCUCCCGGAGCUCAAUAUCAAACACAUUCCUUGUCCGACUCCAAGCCCUUCAGUCAUGAUUGAGUUGUGA